CGCCGGCGGGUACCUCGCCCGCCGGGUUGUAGGUAACAAGCCUGUUUGGAUUCCUAGCGCUUUGCCCUCACGACCCGUGGCGACGCACGGGUCUCCUCUGAGUUCCAGACUCCCGUGGCCUAGGUCUGUUCUCGGACGUCGAGUUGCCUUCGCAAGGAUGAGUAACCCCGGCCGCGACAGCUCUUGCUGCGCUGCAUCUCAGCCCACGGGAAUCUGAUGAUCCUCUGUGGCUUCCUCGCUCCGGGAUUUUUGGCACCCAGCUCCACCUGGUGGCUCCACCCCGAAAUACUGUGUAGGGCCACAACUCUUCAACCCCAGUACAGGUUGUCCAAACUGCUGCGGCCUUACUACUGGACCCACUUCCACUCUUCGACCCUCCUGAGCAACCAGGAGUCUUUAAAAGGUUCUCUGCGAAUGAAAGAAUGGCGUGCCGGCAGCAUCGGGACCCACCGCCUCUAGGCAGUCGGCCUGCAGCUCCCGACCUGGUUGACCAUGACCCUUUCUGUGGAGACCGAGUCACACAUCUACCGAGCACUGCGUACUGCCUCUGGGGCUGCUGCCCACCUUGUGGCCUUGGGCUUCACCAUCUUUGUGGCUGUACUUGCCAGGCCUGGCUCCAGUCUGUUCUCCUGGCACCCGGUGCUUAUGUCUCUAGCUUUUUCUUUCCUGAUGACUGAAGCCCUGCUGGUGUUUUCUCCUGAGAGUUCGCUGCUGCGCUCCCUCUCGAGGAAGGGCCGAACACGCUGCCACUGGGCACUGCAGCUGCUGGCUCUGCUUUGCGCACUGCUGGGCCUGGGCCUGGUCAUCCUCCAUAAGGAACAGCUUGGCAAAGCCCAUCUGGCCACCUGGCACGGACGGUCAGGGCUGCUCGCUGUGCUGUGGGCAGGACUGCAGUGCUCAGGUGGAGUGGGGCUGCUUUACCCCAAACUGCUGCCCCGAUGGCCUCUGGCCAAGCUCAAGCUAUACCAUGCCACUUCUGGGCUAGUUGGCUAUCUGCUGGGUAGUACCAGCCUCUUGUUGGGCAUGUGCUCAUUCUGGUUCACUGCCACAGUCACUGGUGCGGUCUGGUACUUGGCUGUGCUGUGUCCCAUCAUGACCAGCUUGGUCAUUAUGAAUCAGGUGAGCAAUGCUUACCUGUACCGCAAAAGGAUUCAGCCGUGAGCACUUCCCAGCCUAAGGAAGCCUGAAUUUUCCCCUCAGUGUAGGAGCUGGGCUGGAACCUCUUGGACUCUCUCAGAUGAGUAGGUCACAGGGACACCUCAGCACUGGUGCACUGAGGCAGGAAUCCUGUGUACUGCAUUCUCGCUUGUUCGUCAUGCUGGAGUGCCUCCCCUUUCCUCCUCUCUCUGCUGUCACAGAGAGCAUAUGGAUCAUGUGUCUGAUAAAGUUGGGGUUGUAAGAUUGCCUCCCCAGUAACUCGGUUCAUACUUAUACCAGGCAUUACAGGAGAGAGAAAAAAAUAAAACUAAAAAACGACUGAAAAGACUGCAUGGGGAGAAUAGCCCAGAGCUGGGAUAGUUGUGCCUAAUAAAAAUUGGGCAGUUGGGCAAGAUGGGUACCUGUCUCUGGAUGCUCA